AUGCCUGUCACUUUUCCAGUAAGAGUGUUCAAGCUUCUGGGUGUCGAAACCUUGAUUGUCACUAAUGCAGCAGGGUCAUUAGCGGACAGUUAUAGCUGUGGUGAUAUUAUGAUCAUAUGUGAUCACAUUAACUUCCCUGGGCUUGCUGGACUGAACCCUCUAAAUGGCCCUAAUGAUGAUAAGUUUGGUCCUCGAUUUCCGCCCAUGUCUGAGGCCCGCCUUCUGCACCGACUGGGAGUGGAUGCAGUUGGAAUGAGUACUGCACCGGAAGUGUUGGUUGCCAGUCAUUGUGGCAUGAGAGUCUUUGGUCUCUCCCUCAUCACUAACAAAGUAGUGAAAAGCUAUGAGGACAUUGAGUCUGUCAAUCAUGAAGCUGUGCUGGAAGUGAGCGAAAUGCGUUCAGAGAUGCUGCAGGUGCUCGUCACAGAGCUCAUCACCCGCAUGGACAUCAACAACAACACAGCAUGAUGUCAUCAACACUAUAACUGCCAAUCAAAACCUCAUUCAGGAAAAUCUGCAGGUAUACUAUGAUCAUGUUUUUAAUUUCUUUAUAUCACUGAAUGUUAUUACAGAACAUCUGUUUCAAUAACACUUUUUUUUUAGAUAUUUAAAUGUUUUUACCAUUUGCAGUGAUCACAAAAAUGACCUU